CCUCGCACGCUGUGGUGUGCGCGGGCACAUUUUUGCAGCACUGCAUCGGACGCUUUCGCAAAGCGAUCAUGACAGAUACAAUAGUGUUAAAAAACGUCAAAUCCAAAAGUGACCACGAUUACAGUCUUCAACUGAAUCGGUGGUACCUCAAGCCAAUUGGCGCUUGGCCGCUAACGGGCGCAUCAAAUGUGAUUGGGAGGCUCAUAGUGUUGCUACAGAAUAUUAUUUGUUGGUUUAUAGUGUGUUUUAUAAUGAUACCGUGUUUCCUCCACAUGAUACUCGAGGCAGAGGACGUCCAGUCCAAGCUGAACGUAUUUGGCCCACUGCUUCACAGGAUCAUGGGAUUAAUGAAUUAUAUGACGUUACUGAAACAUCGCAGCGAUAUUCGCGAUUCUAUACAGCAAAUGGAGAAGGAUUGGCUACUCGUUGAAAGGGUCGACGACCGUGAGAUAAUGUUACAACAGGCCAAAUUGGGCCGUCUCAUUGCCUUAAUCUCUGGAAUAAUUAUGCAAGGCGGUACUUUACUCUAUAGCAUAGCUAAGGCAAUGAAACCCGUUACCAUCGUUGUUAAUAAUGACACGUUAACGAUGUACCCGAUGACGUGCCCAUCUUAUCGAAAAUUUAUUGAUACGAGAUUUAGUCCCAUGAACGAAAUCAUGUUAGUUGUGCAGUUCAUGUCGACAUUUGUAGUUGGUUCUUCUAUAGUGGGCGUUUGUAGCUUAGCUGCUGUUUUCGCAACGCACACCUGUGGUCAAUUAGACGUAUUGUACAAAAGGCUGGACGAGCUCGACAAAGAAGACGAGAGAGGGAACUAUAUAGUUAAAGAAAAAAUGGUCGACAUCGUAGAACGUCAUUUGAAAAUAUUAAGUUUUAUAACGCGCAUGGAGAAUAUCUUCCAUGACGCUAGCCUUGUGGAAGUAACAGGAAGCACAAUAACAAUGUGUUUGCUCGGAUAUUAUUCCAUUAUGAAUUGGGCUAAUUUUGACGGAGCGAAAAUAGCAGCUUAUGUUAUUGUAUAUGUGUCGCAGGGAUUCAAUCUUUUUAUAUUUUGUUAUAUUGGUGAAAUACUCACAGAACAGUGCAAAAAUGUUGGGCAGGCAGCAUAUAUGACUAAUUGGUACAACUUAAAUAAAACCACUGCACGUGGUCUUGUAUUGAUAAUUCUACGAUCGAGUAAAUUGAUUAGGAUAACCGCGGGAAAAUUAUUUCAAUUGUCUAUCGCGACCUUUGGGGACGUGCUUAGAACUUCCAUCGCAUAUUUGAAUAUAUUGCGGACUAUGACUACAUAAAGUAUAACGAAUUAUAAGAAAAAACAAGAUAUAUAUUUUGUAAAAACACAAAUGAAUAUAUUCUCAAAUACAAUAAACAUUAGAUACAUAAGAUUGAAA